AGCCCGCUCCGUGCUCCCACCGCAGCGGCCGUCACGGUCCUGCCUGCUGACCAUUCGGGGAGGGUCAGCCAGCCUGAAUCCCGCACGCUUCACUUCCUUGAUCCCAGCAGCCAUUUCUCGGAGGAGACAGCCGGGCCGGAGAGGGUGGUGAGUGGUCCCUUGUCCGGUCGGGUCCCACCAGCCCUCGGGUCGGGUGCAGGCCGCCAGGACCUCACGGCCACUGUCCCCGCAGCCCGUCCUGCCCCAUGUCCGUCUGGGCCGCCCUGCUCCUGCUCUGGGCGGCCGCCGAGGCCUCCGAGGACUGCCCCGCCGCGUGCGCCUGCCGCGCCCUGGACACCAUGGGGCUCCUGGUGGACUGCAGGGGCCGGGGACUCGCGGCGCUGCCCGCCCUCCCGGCCCACACGCGCCACCUCCUGCUGGCCAACAACAGCCUGCGCUCAGUGCCCCCGGGCGCCUUCGACCACCUGCCGCAGCUGCAGAGCCUCGACGUGGCGCACAACCCCUGGCGCUGCGACUGCGGCGUCAUGUACCUGCGCCUCUGGCUGGAGGACCGCGCGCCCGCGGAGCUGCUGCGCGUGCGCUGUGCCGGCCCCGGCCCCGCCUCCGGCCGCGCGCUCGGCCAGCUCAGCGGCUCCGAGCUGGGCAGCUGCGGCUGGAGCCUGCGGGCGUCCUGGGCCGACUCGGGGCCCUGGUGGGACGCGGCGCUGGCCGUCGUGGCCGCGCUGGGCCUGGCUCUCCUGGCGGGCCUGCUGUGCACCGUCUCCGUGCCCCGGGACUGAGCCGGUGCCCCCCGGGUCACCCCGGCCCCGGCCCUGGGCAUUCCAACCACCGGUAGCUCAAAAUAAACUAGCGGCUCAGCCUU